UAAGAACUGAUAACAGCAGGUGAAAUGUAAAUGUCAAAUAAAUGGGCGGAGACAAUCCAGCUCAAACAAAUUUCACUUUAAACAAAAUUUGGUGAAAAGUAUUCAAGAAGAAAAGUAAGUUCCAUUGUUUUAAAAGUUUACGCUUAUAUAAGAUAUUAUACAGAAACCACAGUAGUAUGAAUAAUGGCUGAUCUACCUAGAUGGGAAUACGUACUUAUUAUUAUAUGUGCUGAAGUUAUAGUGGCUGUUAUCGUUACUCUUCUUAUCUGUUGGAAAUGUAGAUGGUCAAAGAAGGAUGAUUUAAAAGAAGAAAAGAGACCUUUGCCCAUGCCAGAAGUGGAUGAUGUAAUGGAUGAUAUGUUUAAGAAAGACAACCUAAUUGUAGUUGGUCAUGCUCCUUUACGUCACGAGUUUACGUAUUCGUCCAAAAAAGUAGCUUUUCCUGACAAACAAGAUGCCUCGUCUGCCUACACAAAUUUUGCGUUUGUCAAUAUCGCCAACAAAACAACAAAGUUAAACGAAUCAGUAACUCCAAAUACAGCAGAAAGCGAAGAUAUACAAUCAAAAGACAAUCAUACAGAAAAAGCCGUAGGAGCUGCAAUUGUAUAUAAUGACAAAACGUCUAGACAAAGUCAACAACAAGCUUUGUCUGUAGCAACUCAGCAUACACCAGACAAUGUUUCGAGACAAUCAACAAUGGUCCAAAAUUCUAAACGUCCAGACUCUAUCACGAUGGGAAAUGCAAUUUAUGUUGUUAAUAACCAGUUGCUCACAACCAAUCACCAGCCUUCACCUAGUGCAAGUGAAAGCUCACGACUCACACCUGUUGAGUUCGAAAUGAAUGUAAUGGAUUCCCCCGGAAUAGGUAAUUCACCAAUGAUCCCUCGUCACAGCGUUCUUCCGUUAUCUCCUUUGAUUGUUCAAAGUGUUGACGCAGCACCGAUUGAAAUGGAACCUGUGAUGUCAACACAGCCACACACACUACAACCCUCCGCAUGGAGACAGUUCAACCGAGAGUUAGACCUCCUGAGAUCUCCACCACCCAGUUACCAGUCAGCAACAGGACGUAGAACCAAUCCAUUUAUGGGGCAACCAGUUAUGUUGGUUGAAGCAGAUUAUUAAACAUGACCAACUUUAAUAACAGUACAAAACGUCAGAAGUUAAUGUGAACGUGCAUAAUUCUGUUGCAGAACUUGUCAAUUAUUGAACACUUUUGUUCAUUUGUGUAGAUAAUUUUGUAUACUAUUUAUUAAGACAAAGAAAUGAUAUGUUUGAAGUUUAUUAUAAUGUUUACAACAGAUUUAAGUCUUUGAACUUACAUUUACUGUAUUAUUAAUUUCUACUAGGAAAUUAAAUCCGUACUUCGCACAAACAAGUCUGUGUAAACUAUGAAAAAACAAUUUCAGGACUUUGACUUUGAUAAAUGAAUUCAAAAUACAAAUAAAUGGCAGUAACUGUUAAUGUUACCGAUAUCGUCAGAAACAAUUUAGGAUUCGAAUUUUGUUACUUUUUAAUUGUACCUUUUUUUAAUAAACAUUUUUAUCUUA